GUACAGGGGCUUACUUGGAGUUUUGUGAGAAGCCAGUCAACUGUGACGUGCCUGCUGCCACCAAGCCAUUGAUAACUACACAGUGUAGGCCAACGUGGAUCAGCAAACAACUGAACUGGAGAAACCGUACAAAUUAUUGUCACCUGCGCUGCAUGUACACAACCAUGGACUAAAGUACAUGUACAUGUAAAGUGAACUCAUGAUAAUGAACUUUCACCAUGAACAUGGAUUGGUUGAAUGAAACAGGAUCAGCGAGACAUUACAACACGUAAUGUGUAGUCUGCUCGUCGUGCAGGAAAACAUGGCCAACAACACGAACUGAGGGAAAACUGCCCACAUCUACGUCGUUGAACAGAGUCGCUCGUGAACGACCAGCCAUCGCUGGCAUCAAUCAGUGAACCGUAGCCAGACCCACGGAUCGAACCGGCACACGCCCGCUUGCAAACACCGGUAAAAAUUGUACCCUUCGCCCACGGUUUGACGAGUCGGUUCACGCUCGCUGCGGACUUAAUGCGAACGUGACGGUCAACCGUUGUGCGAAGCUUCCAUAUUGGUGCUUGCCACCUUCUGUUGAUUUCCCUGGGAGUUAGACUGAUUAAAAAAUACGAUGACAGAAGCGUAGUGGGUCGGUGACGAGGACAGCCCAUAGCGGGGGCACUCGGCUGCAACGCGAGUGUCUUGACAAGCGAAAGUGGAAGUCACUGAUGUUCAGCUACAGUCCUCACACCAAUAUCGUCUCAACCAAGAGAGCCCCACCUCAGAAUGACAAACUCCGAAUCGAGUGCGCACGCGCCAGGAACGGAACCACUACGUCACACCCUGUCUUCCUUCAAAACGGUUCAUCCCACCCCUGCCACCCCUCCAACCACAUGAAUGGUCAAGUGGUAUCUGACAGACGCCCCGUCCUAGGCCCGGGGUAUAAGAUCGUGGAACCGCCCCAGGAGAUUUUACCUAGGCGGUCCAAGAUGACUCCCUCCCCAGACCCCACCGGGGUUAAGACAGCCCACAAGACUACGGUCAGAUUCAACGUCAGCUCGCUUCCAAACUCCCACGAUGAUUCCUUGAGGAGUGAGUCCAGAACAGUGAGUAAGCCUAAACUUAUGAGGAGCCAGUCUACGCAGACUGAGGCACCGCACCGUUCCGAGAAACCACCCAUCCUCAGCCGGUCUCCAUCGGCCCCUCCCAUAAUCUGUUACCACGCCGAGGAGCCGGUAAUACGGGCUCGCGGCGCGUUCAAGCGGGCCUCCUGGUCGGCCCGUGGCCGCUACUCGGACUCCUCCUCCACGGAAGGCGGUGAUGUAGGCAGCGACUCGGCGGACUCGAGUUUCUCGGUGGUCACGGCUAGGAGGAAUCCAGCCGAGGAAUUACCGCUGUCUGCUAUCCUCAUCGGCGACAGCGGUACGGGGAAGACUUGCCUCGUGGCUCGGCUAGCUGAUAAUGUCUUCGUGGAGAACUACGAUGUCACCGUAGGAAUCGACUUCAACAUCGCCAGGUUCGAUCUGCCGGACGGCCGACCAAUCAGACUACAGCUCUGGGACACGGCGGGCCAGGAGAAAUACCGCGCCAUCACCAGCAUGUAUUACCGCAAGGCCAUGGGCGUGGUCUUGGUUUAUGACGUCACGCGGCGGGAGUCGCUUGACAACAUUCUCAACGUCUGGCGGAAGGAGGUCGAGAAGUACGCCGAAUCUGACGUUGCGCUGAUGCUAGUCGGGAACAAAAUGGACCUCGACGACUACAGAACCAUCACAACACGAGUGGGAGCCAAGGUGGCAUCACAACUCGGCGCAAUAUUUUACGAAGUCAGCGCAAAGGAAGACCUCAAUAUCCAGUCGGCAUUUCAGGCCUUCGCGGACGACAUUAUAGAAAACGUGUAUUCCAAGCGUAACCCCUGCCUCAGCCUCAGUGCCGUUCACCUCGACCACAGCAACCACGACAGAAACAAGAACGAGAAAAAGACCAGAUCUACCUGCAACUGCUCAUAGAGGGAGUGCUUCCGCCAAAUCUACCUGCAACUGCUCAUAGAGGGAGUGCUUCCGCCGACAGAGGGCGUGUUCGCGUCGAUAGAGGUCGCCCUCCACAUAGACUAGAGGGCGCUGUAACCUGUAACACUGACUGGGGGCGCUGUUAGUGCAACUUUUUUUCCUAGCCUUCAAGCAUGCUUCCCGCACACUUUAAGGUGUACAAUGUUAGCUGCCGCUUUAUUUGUGGUGAUAUUUCUUUAAUAUGGCUGUCUGGACCGAAAAUUUACGAGCUGCAUUUUUUUUUAUUGAAAUGUAAAGUAACAUCAUGCUUAAAUAUUUGGUACACAUGCCAAACAUGUUCAAAGAAAUUAAAAUACUCUAUACUCUCGUUUUCUAUAUUAACUAAGGACAUCAUUUCACGAGGCAUAUUACUGAAAUGUUCGAUAAGCUGAAAAUACAGUUUAGAGAAGACUGCCUUAUCAUCCAUUAUUUAUUGAAUGGAACAAGUAAUUCGCAAUGAUAUGAUUCAACAGGCUCCAUUCAUUGUUCUACGCAAAUAUAUAUAAGUCCGAUUGCAAUUGUCAGUAUUUUUAUGUACACGAUCUUGAAGAGUACUUGUAUGCCCUACGUCCCUUUAAUUAAGAUUGAAAUAAUCUACAAAAGAAUCUGAAUUAUUAUGAAGCUUACAAAGAGAAGAUGAAAGAUUCUUCUAUGUAUAAAUGUUUUGAGAAUGUUAGAAUUAGCAAUAGCACUGCGUUUCUUCAUAGUGUGAUUAAUUUUUAAUUUUUUUUUUAUUGUUUGGAGUGAUUGGGAAAUGCGCUGGUAGGAGAGAUCUCGGUGUUUUUUUCGUUUUAACUUGGGAUGUUCUCGAAAAUUGGAUUUGAUUUUAGAAAGUUUGUGCAAUUGUUUUUUGGCAAUGAUUUUUCAGCCGGUGGUGGAGUAGCGAGUGCAAUGAUUCUGCCGAUUAGAAGUUUAGUUUUUAGUUGAAUGGCUUUUUAAUGAGUAUAAUUUGUUUAUCUUAUGCGAAUAUGCGAGGAGCGUUUGUGAACCCACUUACGUGAACUUCCUUCGGGAGUUUUUGUCCACACCGCCUCUUACAAAUGAUAAGUUUUGUAUUCUACGGGAUGUACCCAAACAGAUGUAUCAAUGACCAAUAGGAUGAGUGGACAAGGUGUUCAAGUGGAAUGGUGUUCUUUAUCGAAUUGGACAAUAAAACACCUGAACUUGUUUUUGCAGUUUUACUCUGUGAA